AGGCCAAGGAGCAGGUCCUGGCGAAUCUGGCCAACUUUGCCUACGAUCCCAACAACUACGAGUACCUCCGGCAGCUGCAGGUCCUGGAUCUGUUCCUCGAUAUGCUCACCGAAGACAACGAGACCCUUGUGGAGUUUGCGAUGGGUGGCCUUUGCAACCUGUGCCUGGAUAAAACGAACAAAGACUACAUCUUGGAGGCAAACGGGGUAGAGCCCAUAAUCAACUGCCUGUCCAGCCCCAACGAGGAGACGGUGAUGUCGGCCGUCACGGCGCUGAUGUUCCUGACCACGCCGCGGUCGCGCCAGCAGACCACGGCCCUCCCCGUGGUGGAGUGCAUGCUCCGCUUCUCCCUCUCGGCCAGCAGGAGGCUGAGCAACCUGGCGACCGUCUUCCUGGAGGAUUAUUGCACACCCCUGCAGGUGGAGGAGGCCAGGAACCUGAGCAAACACACAGCGGUGGGGAUUCCACUCCCCAAGGACUGA